UCCCCCUCCCCCUCACCUGGAGCUAAAGUCCUGUAUCUGUAGGAACCAGCUGAUAUCAGGUAGACUUUGCCCUGAAGGGGAACCAACGCAACAGGAAGAGCAGCAACAGAUUCCAGGGCGUCACAGCAGAGUUUUGUGCCUCAGUCGAAGAAGAUUUGCCAACCGUUGGUGGAAUGGACCGCACUAAUGCCGCCAGUAAUGGAGGAUAUGGACAGCCUCCUCCGUACAGCCCUCAGGACUAUGGGAAGAACCCUUACACAGGGAUGAGCUACCAGGUGGGGGACGGCAGAGUCGCAGUGGUUUCCCCUCGCGGCACCUACGAUAACGUGGUCCAUCACCAGGGCUGGCCAGCAGCAGCAGCAGCAGGUGGAGGCAACCAACAGUACGACCAAGGUCCACCUGAGAGCUCCCUCGACUCGGAGGAGAACGCCUUCAGCGACGCUGCCAUACGAAGAGGUUUUAUAAGGAAGGUGUACUUGACCUUGUUGAUUCAGCUCCUGUUGACUGUCGGGAUCAUCUGUGCUUUUCUUUACUGGGAAACACUGAGGGAGUGGACAUGGGAUCACUACUGGUUCACCUACUGCAUGACGGCGGUGGUGAUUGUGUUCAUUCUGGUGCUGUCCUGCUGUGACAACCUCCGUCGUCGAGUCCCCCUCAAUUUUAUUGCCCUGGGCCUGUUUACCGUAGCAGAGGGCCUGAUGCUCGGAUCCCUGUCGGUGUUCUUCGAAGCCGAGGCGGUGAUGUGGGCCGUGGGAGCGACGGCGCUCGUGUCCUUCUCCCUCAGUCUGUUUGCCAUGCAGUCAAAGUGGGACUUCACAGGAUUGAGCGGCAGCCUGUGGGUGUUCACCUGGACCCUCUUCUCAUUUGCAUUGCUCUGUGCAAUCCUGCGAUCACAGUAUGUCUACAUCACGUACGCCUGCCUGGGGACCUUGCUGUUUUCUUUAUAUCUGGUGUUUGACACUCAGCUCAUCUUGGGCGGGAAACACAGGAAGUACACCCUCUCCCCCGAGGAGUACGUGUUCGCCGCGCUCAACCUGUAUUUGGACAUCGUCUCGCUGUUCAUGUUAAUGCUGCAGUUCAUCGGACUCUGCCGCUGACCCUCGAUGACGGGCCUCCUAAAACAAUCACUCACGCUCUUCCUACAAACUCACACUUCGUACCGAAUGAAUGUUUACGCACUUCUCCAGAAAUCUGCUCACGUACUUAGAAACAUAUGGAUUGUCUCGACUGCAUUUUUAGAUACAGCUCAUAUUGUUGACGUGCACCGGGGAGGUGUUUUUCCACAUACUGCACUAGCGAACACUUCUCCCUGCAACUUGUGCAGUAAUUUGUGUGCUUGAUUUAUGUUAAUAUGUUGUUGUGCUUUAACUCAUAGUCACUGAGCUUCAAAUUUAUAUUUAUGGCAGUAAGGCAGCUCAGCCAUCCUCUUAUCAUUUACAAACGUUAUCCUGCUAAAUCACAGAUGACAUUUUCCACACGGUCCUGUAGUUUAAAUGAAUCUUUGAAAUGGAAAAACCCAAACUGAUUCCAAUAAAAGUCAGAAACUGUCAGAAGAAUCGCGACCAUAAAACGAUGUGGCCGCUGCGAUA